AUGAUAGCUCAGAUAAGCUUCCCUCCAAAUCGUACGAGCUUGUGCUCUCAGAAGAAGAACACCGACAAAAAUAAAAGUAGGAAACUCAGAAAGUGGGAAACCCAAGAAAGAAGCAACACUCUUUCUUUCCCAAAACCAAAACCAACCCCACUCAUCAUCCAUCACAAACCUUAUAACCAAACAAAAUUGCAAGCACUUGAACAAGUCCUCGCAGACCUUGAAGCCUCUGUUGAGAAUGGCAUCAGAAUUGACCCUGAAAUCUAUGCUUCUUUGUUAGAAACGUGCUACCAUUUGCAAGCCUUUCAUUAUGGUAUCCGAGUUCACCGUCUUAUCCCAAGAACCCUUUUGCAUAGAAAUGUUGGCAUCACCUACAAGCUUCUCAGGUUGUAUGCAUCGUGUGGGUAUAUGGAUGACGCCCACGACCUGUUCGAUCAAAUGGCUAAGAAGGAUAUAUCUGCAUUUCCAUGGAAUUCACUUAUCUCAGGAUAUGCCCAAGUGGGUCACUAUGAUGACGCCAUUGCACUCUAUUUCCAAAUGGUGGAAGAGGGUGUUGAACCUGACUUGUUCACGUUCCCUCGGGUUCUGAAAGCUUGUGGGGGAAUUGGGUCAGUUCAAGUCGGGGAAGAGGUGCAUCGCCAUGUGGUUCGUUCUGGAUUUUCCAAUGAUGGGUUUGUCCUCAAUGCACUGGUUGACAUGUAUUCUAAGUGCGGUGACAUUGUAAAGGCUCGAAAGAUCUUUGACAAGAUACCUCAUAGAGACUCCGUUUCAUGGAAUUCAAUGCUCGCAGCUUAUGUUCAUCAUGGCCUUGAGGUUGACGCAAUGAACAUCUUCCGCCAAAUGCUUCUGGAAGGGUAUAAACCUGAUUCUGUUUCCAUAUCCACGAUUAUUGCUGGUCUGUCAUUACUGGAUCUUGGGGUCCAAAUUCAUGGAUGGGUAAUCCGGCGAGGAGUUGAAUGGAACUUGUCCAUUGCAAAUUCCUUGAUCAUAAUGUACUCCAAUCAUGGUAGGUUGGAUAAGGCAUGUUGGAUAUUCAAUCUAAUGCCAGAGAGGGAUGUUGUUUCGUGGAAUUCCAUUAUAUCUGCUCAUUGCAAACACCGAGAAGCCCUUGCUUAUUUUGAGCAAAUGGAGGAAGCUGGUGUAGAGCCUGAUAAAAUUACAUUUGUUUCAAUAUUAUCAGCUUGUGCCUACUUUGGUUUGGUGAAGGAUGGAGAGAGGUUAUUUUCUUUAAUGUAUGAAAAAUAUAAAAUAAAACCUAUUAUGGAACAUUAUGGUUGUAUGGUUAACCUUUAUGGAAGAGUAGGAUUGAUUGAAAAGGCUUAUAGCAUCAUAGUUGAUGGAAUGGACUCUGAGGAUGCUGGUCCAACUGUGUGGGGAGCUUUAUUGUAUGCCUGCUCUUUGCACGGAAAUGUAACUAUUGGCGAGAUUGCUGCAAACAAGCUUUUUGAUUUAGAGCCAGACAAUGAACAUAAUUUUGUACUUCUUAUGGAGAUCUAUGAAAAUGCAGGCAGAUUAGAAGACAUGAAGAAAGUUAGAAUGAUGUUGGUUGACAGAGGAUUGGAUUAUUAGAUAUCUAUACAUCUGAAAGACUUGACACCACAAGUACAACCCGUGAAUGUUUUUCUUGAGUUACCACAUAUGCUUUGAUGCAUGGUCCAUUCAGUUUCCAGUUUGUCCCACAAAAUGUGAUUACAAUAAGGAUUCUUUGAUGUACAGCAUCAGCACAUAACUUGCUUGAUGAAAUUCCAACUUGGCAUUGUC